AUGGGUAUCCCCGCUGCUUUCCGAUGGCUCUCCAACAAGUACCCCAAGAUCAUCUCGCCGGUGAUUGAGGAGCAACCUGUAAAGAUGGACGAUGGCAGCGAAAUACCCGUCGAUACUACCGGGCUCAACCCCAACGGCGAAGAGCUCGAUAACCUCUACCUCGACAUGAACGGUAUCGUUCAUCCGUGUUCUCAUCCCGAGGAUCGCCCCGCGCCUAAGGACGAGGAGGAGAUGAUGCUCGAAGUUUUCAGAUACACAGACCGCGUUGUUAACAUGGUCCGCCCGCGAAAGCUUCUCAUGAUUGCUGUUGACGGCGUCGCGCCCCGUGCCAAGAUGAACCAGCAGCGUUCCCGACGUUUCCGAUCCGCGCAAGAGGCCCAGCAGAAGGAGGAAGACAAGGAAGAGCUCAUGAAGCUCCUGAAACAGCAGAAUGGCGGCGUUCUCCCGGCAGAAACUCUCGAGAGCAUGACCAAGAAGGCGUUCGAUUCCAACUCAAUCACCCCUGGAACUCCUUUUAUGGACAUCCUGGCGGCUAGUCUGAGAUACUGGUGCGCGUACAAGCUCAACACCGAUCCGGCUUGGGCACAAAUGAAGAUAAUCAUCUCGGAUGCCACAGUGCCCGGUGAGGGUGAGCACAAGAUCAUGUCAUUCGUGCGAUCGCAGCGCAUUUCUCCCGACUACGAUCCCAACACCCGCCAUGUCAUCUAUGGUCUCGACGCCGACUUGAUCAUGCUUGGUCUUGCGACGCACGAGCCUCAUUUCCGCGUACUGCGUGAAGACGUCUUCUUCCAAGACAGCAAGCCUAGGACCUGCAGAAUAUGCGGGCAAAAAGGUCAUGAGGCUCGCAAUUGUCGCGGAGAGGCCAAGGAGAAGGUUGGCGAAUUCGACGAGCAGGAAAAGGCACCAGCCCUGAAGCCCUUCAUCUGGCUUCAUGUGUCCAUCUUACGGGAGUACCUGGCUAUUGAGCUUAAUGUGCCUGGUCUGCCGUUCCGCUUCGACUUGGAGAGAGCCCUCGAUGACUGGGUUUUCAUGUGUUGUUUCGUGGGUAACGACUUUUUGCCCCACUUGCCCGCCCUUGAGAUUCGAGAAAACGGCAUCGACACCUUGACAGCUAUCUGGAAAGAUAGCCUCCCACACAUGGGCGGCUACGUCACGAAGGACGGCCACGUGGAUCUCGGCCGGGCCCAGUUGAUCUUGAACGGUUUGGCAAAGCAAGAAGACGGCAUUUUCAAGAGAAGAAAAGAGCAAGAAGAUCGCAGGGAGGCCAACGCGAAACGGCGCAAGCUCCAAGAGGAACGCAAUCAACCCAGGAACGCCAAGCCUAAACAGAUCGAUAACGCUGCGGCCGGUUUGGCCCUCUUUCCAGCUGCGGGGGGCCCCAACGGAAUCACUCACGACAUGGUAGUCGGCCGAUCAUCCAACAUGAACGCCAACUCAGCAAAUAAGAGCGCGGCAAGCGCCAUCCGGGACCAAAUCAAGGGUAUGAUGUCAAAAGUCGAGCCUGCACAGGAAGGUGAUGCCACCCAAACUGCUGGGGACAAUGCUCCUAGCAAUCCUGACCAACGGUCGAUUCUUGGGAAGCGCAAAGCUGAAGGCGAACCUGAACAAGGCGCCUCAACACCCACAACUGCGACAGGGCCGAGUACGCCGUCCGCUGCUGAAGAAGCGGCAGUUGACCACGUGAGAAUGUGGGAGGAGGGCUACGCCGACAGAUACUACGAGCAGAAGUUCCAUGUCGAUCGCAAGGACGUAGAGUUUCGUCACCAGGUUGCCAGGGCCUAUGUUGAGGGCCUGUCCUGGGUUCUUCUGUACUACUUCCAGGGCUGUCCGUCGUGGGAGUGGUAUUACCCCUAUCACUAUGCUCCUUUCGCGGCAGACUUUGUGGAUCUGGACAAGAUGGAAAUCUCGUUUACCCAGGGACGCAUUUCGAAGCCAUUCGAGCAAUUGAUGAGUGUGCUCCCCGCCGCAUCUCGCCAUGCGCUACCGGAGGUCUUUCACGAUCUCAUGUUGGACGAGGACAGCGAGGUCAUCGAUUUCUAUCCCUCCGACUUUGAGAUUGAUCUUAACGGCAAAAAGAUGGCUUGGCAAGGUGUCGCAUUGCUACCGUUCAUUGAGAUGCCGAGAUUGUUGGCUGCGGUCGAGCGGAAAUACCCUCUGUUGAGCGCCGCAGAUCAGGCCCGAAAUGGAUUAGGCAGAGAUGUGUUACUCUUAUCGGAUGCUCAUCACGAGCUAUACGAUGAGAUCACGACCAACUUCUACUCCAAGAAGCAAGGGGCGCCGACAUUGAAGCUGAACCCACGCACGAGCGGCGGCUUGUCCGGUCAGAUUGAGAAGAUCCCGGAAUACUUACCUCACGGUGCAUUGGUUUAUCCUCUGGAACGUGGUGGUAUGCCAAAUCUUGACUACGACAGAUCCCUAAGUGUCUGGUAUUCAUUCCCUGCUAGUUCGCAUCCCCACAAAUCAAUGCUGCUUCGAGGCGUCAAGUUACCAACAGCGGCACUGGACCGCAGUGACAUUGAGACAUUGAAGAGCAAGUCAUCUCGAGGCGGACGGGGCCAUGGCGGAGGGCCACCAGGGAACAAUGGAUACAGCCGUGGUGGCCGCCGAGAUCAGUUCGGCUCUGCUCCGGGCAGCGGUAACGGGGGGCGGUAUUCGGGCAACGGCAACUACGGACAAUCUAGUUAUCCACCGAGGCCACCCCAGGGUCAAUGGGUGCCUCCGCCACCGGGACAUCCAGGAUUUGUUCGAAUGGGUCAUACCGCAACGGAGGGCAUGGACACCAAAAUUACGGGCCGCCACCUAUUCAAAGCUCGUAUCCAAGUCAACAUGACAACGGCUAUCGCGGAGGCCGCGGAGGAGGGCGUGGAGGCUAUCAGGGCGGCGGUUACAGGGGCGGUCGCGGCGGCGGCGGAUAUCGUGGAGGGCGCAACUACUGAUGCUGCAGACGAUACUCGCGCAUUUGGUUUCAUCGGAAAAUAA